AUGUUUUUAUUAAAUAAAUUAAUUGGUAAAAGUAAUGAUAAUAUCGAUAAAUCAGAAAUAAAAAGAAUACUUCGGUAUGCAUCUGAUCUACAUCUAGAGAGAUUACCAUCGUUGUCGAGUGUGAAUGGACUUUAUGAUUUCAAAAAGCAGAAGGAUACAAGAUAUUUCUUAGCUAUUCCAGGAGAUAUUGGGAAUUUCGAAAUGUUGGAGAUUUUUUUGAAAGCAGUAUCGCCAGUAUACGAGAGAGUGUUUUUCGUUCCUGGAAAUCAUGAGUUCUUCUACCAUUACAAUGGCAAGGUUUUCAUGACAAUGGAUGAAAUCAAUGAUCGGCUUCAAAAGAUAUGUUCAAAGUUUGACAAUGUAUCUUUUCUAAACAAUGGCUAUUAUCAAUUGGAUGAAUACAGAAUUAUUGGUAGUACUUUCUGGACAAAGAUAGGUAAAGAAGAGUCACAGAGAAUCGCUAGUUCAUGGCCUGACUAUGGAUGUAUUUUCAUUCGUGAUGACAACAAUCCCGCUGGCAAAAGACUGGUACUACCCAAAGACAUCACAAUGAUUCACGAGCAAUCCGUUCAUUAUAUAUAUGAGUUGCUUCAUUCUACGCCAGAGGGAGGAAAGAAUGUUGUUCUCACACAUCAUGCACCACUGUAUAGCGAUAAGUCAAAAGAAAUCUACACUUCCAAUCCAGAUCACAUUGGAUCUCCCAUUACCAAUGUAUUUCAAAGCGAUCAAUCGGCAUGGAUGACAGAAGACAACAAAAUCAAAAUAUGGAUCUUUGGACAUACUCACUAUUGCACAAAAUUCACUUUUAACAAUGUUUUGGUUGCCUCUAAUCAACUUGGAUAUCAAAGUAAAGAUAUUGGAUUCCAAAUAAAUGAACAUAUUAUUUUAGAUCAAAUUAAUUAA